GGACACGGACGGAUCAUGGCCGAGCAAGAACCACCAACAACGUAUGAGAAGACAAUAGAUGCGUUGAAGCUGACGGGAGAGAUACUGUGGACCAUCGUUCAGAUAUGGGUGGCCAUAUUCCAGUCCAUAUACGCCGUGUUCUUCCCCAUGGAGCCCAAGGAUGUCUCGGGAGAGAUUAUAUUGAUCUCAGGCACAGGCCACGGCAUGGGCCGUGAGAUGGCGCUGCGGUUCGCGCGACUCAAGGCCACCGUUGUCUGCGUCGACAUCAACCCCAAGGGCAACCAGGAGACUGUCGACAUGAUCAAACAGGAGAAGGGGAAAGCGUUUAGAUAUGAAUGCGACAUCUCGGACCGCGCAGCCGUGUUCGCCCUGCAGCAGAAGGUGUCCCAGGAGGUGGGGUCAGUGACCGUGCUGGUGAACAACGCCGGCAUCAUGCCCUGCCGGCCCUUCCUGGAGACCACGGAGAAGGAAGUCCGGCUCAUGAACGAGAUCAAUGUUAUGGGCGGGAUCUGGAUGCUGCAAGCCUUCCUGCCUCCGAUGCUGGCUCGCAACCGCGGGCACAUUGUGGCGAUGGCGUCGAUGGCCGGCAUGGUGGGCUCCAAGAACCUGGUGCCCUACUGCGGCACCAAGUUCGCGGUCCGGGGCAUCAUGCAAGCGCUCGCCGUGGAGCUCAGGCAGGAGGAGAAGGACUACUCUGGGAUAAAAAUGACGACAGUGUGCCCCUACAUCGUGAACACGGGGCUGGCCCACAACCCCAAGAUCCGGUUCAAGGACCUCAUGAAGCCUGUGGAGCCCACGGAUGCGGCCGAGCAGAUUGUGAACGCCAUGCGACGCGAACUGGUGGAAAUCACCGUGCCUGGUGAUCUGUGGUACUCCUCUUACAAGUUCCCGCAGCUGCUGCCGGCCCGCGCCGUGGCCAUCCUGCAGGACUUCACCAAGACGGGGGUGGAGCCGCACGCACCCAACCAGUUCGAAUAAACUAACCGCUUUAAACUUA